GCGGCAACUGUUUCACAACGAUAAACGAAAAGAAGAAGCGCAGCGGCAGUUUCCGCUUGAGCUCAGCAGUGUGUGUGGUUUGACCUGAAAUUAUUAAUCAUGGACAUACGACCGAAUCACACCAUCUAUAUCAACAAUGUUAAUGAUAAGAUCAAGAAAGAAGAGUUGAAGAGAUCACUGUACGCCUUAUUCUCCCAGUUCGGCCAGGUUAUGGACAUUGUUGCAAUGAAGACCAUGAAGAUGAGGGGUCAGGCGUUUGUUAUCUUCAAAGAGCUUUCUGCAGCCACCAAUGCCCUCAGACAGCUUCAGGGAUUCCCUUUCUACAAUAAACCCAUGCGGAUCCAGUAUGCAAAAACCGACUCGGACCUGAUCUCUAAGAUGAGAGGCACGUAUGGAGAUAAAGAAAAGAAGAAAGAGAAGAAAAGGAAAGCUCAGGAACAGGCUGCCAAUGUCAACAAGAAGCCAGCGGGAGCUGUGAGCACACAACCUCCUCCACCUGCCACAGUCCAGGUCCCUGACAACCCACCGAAUUAUAUUCUGUUCCUGAAUAAUCUCCCAGAGGAAACCAACGAGAUGAUGCUCUCCAUGUUAUUCAACCAGUUUCCAGGGUUUAAAGAAGUGCGUCUGGUUCCUGGAAAGCACGACAUUGCAUUUGUGGAGUUUGAGAGUGAGGCUCAAGCCGGAGUCGCGAAGGAUGCGUUACAGGGAUUCAGAAUCACAGCCACGUGUGCUAUGAAAAUCACAUAUGCUAAAAAAUGACCUGGCUCACACUUACCGGACUGUAACUGAGGCUUUGAUCAGUGGAUCCUCGCCUCUGAUUUGUUUCUUUACAUUCAAAAUCAUCUUUUAAAAAACAUGUUUUUUCAGUGACUGUUUAGUAUUGUUUUUCUUUUCUUUUCUUUUGUAUGGGAAUGAGUUGGUCACUGAGGACUUUAUGAUAUUCCAGGACAGAUCUUUUUGUACUGUGGACUAAUAAAAUUAGCCUCUAAAAUAAAUGGCCCAUAUUUUUGACAUUUUAGUUUUCCACUCGGGCUUAAAGGAAUGGUUCCCAAAAAUAAGGCAUUAUUUACUCACCCUCAUGUUGUUCAAAACCAUUUUUAGAUAUACUGUUUCUUUAAAUCAUAACUGUAUGACUUGAGAUUAGUUGAACUCUCUGUACCUGACGAAAGGACUGAAAUAGUGUGUUUGGCACGAAAUAGUGUAACAUCCAUAUGCGUCAGCACUCGAGGCUCUAAAUUUUGCUCUGAGGUGCAACUCGCUUAUGAAUUUGGGCACAAGCUGACUGGUGCAUCAAUAACAUCACAACAUUGAAAGAAACACUAUGGUUUUACGGCAUACACUGUUCUGCAUUUUCAUUAACUCUGUAUCAAAUGUGUGUUUUGUUGAUACUUUGCAAAGAUGUGCAUUUUAUUGUAGGCAAACUUGGGGAAACUAUCA